AUGAAAACAAGCUUCCAGAAAACUUUAAAAGAGGUAUGGAGGGGCCAAACAUACCACAUAACCACGCCGAUUUUUUACCCCAACGCCCGACCUCAUCUCGGGCAUUUAUACUCAAGUUUGUUGUGCGAUGUGAGUAAAAGAUGGCAUGCCAUGCUGGGUCAAAGGUCACUUCUUACAACCGGAACCGAUGAGCAUGGUCUUAAAAUUCAAGCUGCAAGUGAAAAGAAUGGUUUUGCUAGUCCGAAACCUUUCGUGGACAAACUGUGCCAGGACUUCAUCAAACUAGAUCAACAGGCAAAUGUGGACUACACUCGGUUUAUCCGUACAACGGAUCCAGAUCACAUAGAAUGUGUCCAAAAACUAUGGAACAGGUGUUGGGAGCGCGGCUAUAUCUACAAGGGCAAGCAUGAUGGGUGGUAUUCAGUCUCUGAUGAGUGUUUUUAUCCAGACUCGAAAAUUGUUCAGAUUGGAAUAGAUGGGCAGGAACUUGCACUGUCACACAGUGAUAUUGACAACGACAAACCCUUCAUAAACACAGAGACGCGAAACGAGGUUGUUUAUCAUACAGAAACCAACUAUUUUUUCAAGCUGUCGGCUUUCCAGGAUCAGUUGUUGUCCUAUCUUGAAAAAGAGAACCCUGAGUUCAUCUUUCCGGCCACCAGGCGUCAGCACAUCCUAAAUGAGUUGCGCGAGUCUCAUCUUCGAGACCUGUCAGUCUCAAGACCGUCCUCGAGAAUAAGAUGGGGAAUCGACGUCCCACAGGAUUCAUCGCAAAAGAUCUAUGUUUGGUUUGAUGCCUUGUGCAACUAUUUGACAUCCGUUGGUGGUUUUGAUGCCGUUGCAGAAAAAAAGAAUGUUGUGCUUAAACACAAGGGUGUGGAAAUUGCACAAGACGCCCACCACUGGUGGAUAAAUACUACUCACCUCAUCGGGAAGGAUAUUGCCAAGUUCCAUACCAUUUACUGGCCAGCUUUUCUACUUGCAGCCGGUCUGCCGUUACCAAAACAGAUAAUCGUCCAUGGACAUUGGCUUUCCGGUGGCACCAAGAUGAGCAAGUCGUUGGGUAAUGUGGUCGAUCCUCUGGAAAUGAUAUCAUACUACGGAUGUGAUCCGGUAAGAUGGUACGUUCUUGAAAACUCCCACAUCGAGGCCGACGGUGAUUUCCGUGAAGAACGUCUCCAUUCCACAAGAGAACAACUAGUUUCGAAAUGGGGAAAUUUACUCAACAGGUGCUGCGGAUCGAAAUUCGACCUUUCAAGGGCCAUUAAAACCUUCUGCUCUGCUGAUGGAAGCCGUCAGAAGUUAUUAGAGUCUUUGAAUGAUCCAGGCCUUCUCGCCGCCUUCUCAAGCUUAGAACAGAAGCUAGGAUGUCUUCCAUCAUCCUUCCAUGACAAAAUCGAGAAGCUUGAUACCAGGUCUGCCCUAAGUUUAUUGCGCGAUGUCAUCAAUGAGGCCAAUGCCUUUGUACAAACCAGCACACCAUGGCUCAAGUCGGGGGUGGAGCAGGACGCCAUUCUUUUCAUGGCUGUCGAAGUAGUUCGGAUAACCGCGAUCCUUUCACAACCCAUUAUACCAUCUCUGUCGAGACAGUUGCUUGAUCGUCUUGAUGUGUCUCACAGUAAAAGGUCUUUGGGGGAUGUGAUUCUAGGUGCGGACCAUGCGUACGCAUCUCGGGCUAACGAAAAGGGUCGACCCGUGGCCAUCAAGAGAAUUCCACUCAGAGUAAAAACUUAA